UAAAUUUAUAGAAAAGUAGAAAGAAAGUAUUACCAAAAUGAAGUCCAUUUUCUCAGCAGCAAUUGUCUGCUUAUUUUUCGUUAGCGCUGUUAAUGCACUCAAUUGUAGAAAUGGAUUCAACACAACUGUGUUCGGGAUGCCCAUAUACGCGUGGAACGAAUCGUACACUUGCCCCUCAACAUCGGGACAGUCUUGUUUCCUCGGGGAAGUGAUUUAUAAACCAGAAUUUUUGGACAAGCAAGAAGUUACCAUUGUCUAUGGAUCAUGCAUAUCUACGGCCUAUUCGUCAUACUUGGAAUGCGGAGAAAUUCUGAAAUUGAACGCGAGCAAUAUUCAACAAUUAUUAAGCCUAUUUCCCGAUGCUGGAGACCAAAUUCAAAACGUAAUAAGGAUAUUUUCACAUCAAUUGGCAAUGCAAAUCAACGAAACUCUUUCCAACAAUAACGCUACACAACUUUUCAAUAUGCUGUUAGAAGAACUAAAUAUCACAAUGCCAGGCAUGGACCACGAAAUGAUCAAUGGAUCCUCCAUUUUCUGGAACUCGCUCGAGGAGCUCUUCAUGAAUAUCAAUGAUUCCAAUUACGUUACGCAAUGGAGGUUGAGUAUGCUCAUGCAGUUCAGCACCAUUACUCCAGCGACUGAAGCACUCAGCACAUCUAUCAUAAACAUGUUCGAAAGAUUCGGCCACAACAACUUGACGAACGAAACCCUAACGAUGAUAAAAUACCGGCCAGGAUUAGCCUACACAUUUUUCCCCAACCAUACAGAACAAAUUGAUAACCUGUAUUAUAACAUGUCAAGUAUGAUCGACCAAAUUCAACCGUAUAACAUGUCAAACCAGGAUAUUUCCACCAUGCUAAACCAAACUCUGGAGGAUUUGGCAAAGUAUAACAUUACUCUUUCACCAAACGUCAUCAAUGCGCUAACACAAAUGUCUGCUCUGAUACAAGCGCUUCAAAACAACUCGACAAAUUUAACAAUGAUAUUGCAAACAGGGUUGCCAACAUUCAUCAACCAAACCAUCGAAAAUCUAGCAAUGAUGAAUAUCACUGUUCCACCAGAAGUAAUUGCUUUCUUACAAGAACUUCCGAAUAUUUUAUCGAACACUUCAAUGAACUCGUCAAUGUCAUUUGACUUCAAAAUGAUCUUAAAUGAAACGUUGAACGACCUCGCAAUGCAGAAUAUUACAUUAUCAAACGAAACUCUGGCAACUUUGUAUUUGAUAUCUGACUUGGUGACGGCAAUCCAGAUGAAUGACACGCAAAAUGCCACCAUUAUCGCCGGUAUGUUGUGGAUGAAUUUUGAAGCUAAAUACUGCUUGUCGAAUAACGUAACACAGGCUUACGCCGAUGCGUAUAUAAAACAAAUGGCUGACAUGGGUGUCAACAUUUCUGCUGAGUAUAAACCCAUGAUCGAAUGCAUUCCAGGCUACUUGUUAAAAAGAUAUCCGAAUAAAACAGAAAUGAUUACAAACACGUUUACGAUGAUAACAGUAUUUUACAACAACUACACGCAAUAUCUAGAGUUGCUUUCGGCGCAGUUGAACAUGACCCUUCCACCGGAAUUGGCUGGACUUGAUCAACUCCACACCGCCAUAAUAGCCGCAAAUGGAAAUAUGACCCUAAUCCAGAUGGCACUUUACGAAUAUGCUAACUCCACAUAUCCUCCAACAGAGCUGAGCAAAUUGAUGGUCACUCUUCUAACUAAAAACGGAGUGAACGUGACGCAAGAAAUCGAACUUCAAAUUAGAAUGCAAAGCAUGCAGUUUUAUAGGCAAACAUCACAAAAUGUUUCUGACACCGGCGAUAUCAUUUUUGCGUCGGUGAAUACCGAUGUAACUGCAGGUUCAGACAUCGGACCUGCUUUGAUUACUGCAUUUGGCAAAACCCAUGUAAUGCUGCCUACAGAAAUUGUAUUCGUGUUGAAUAAUAUACAGCCUGUUUUGGAUGCCUAUGGCACGAACGACACAGCUGCGCAAGACCAAGCGAUGUUGGCUUUCUUAGAAGCAUAUACCAUGCAAUUUGACUCUACACAAGUCGAUUUGCAGAUUGCGAGCAUCAAGCUUAGAAUCGCUAUUCAAAACAACAACGGCAGUGGUAUCAAUGAAGAGAUCCAGAUGUACAUUGGUCAAAUCUACAAUCUGACUCUAGAAGCUGCAAACAUUACAGAAGCACAGCUGAUUGAAAUGAUCACCAAAAAAUAUCCACAGUUGAAAGGAAUUGUUGCUUUGGUAUCCAACCUCGAACCCGGUGAAAUUGUCAAAAUCGGCGCUGAUUUCUUCCAAUGGGUGACGGAUCCUAAUAAAAAUAUCACAACACUUGCGACUAUCAUCAACGAUGCCGUUCAGCUCGUUCUGGAAAGAACAGGAAUCAGUCUACAAGAAUUAGUCGGUGAAGCACUGCAACCCGAGUCAUGCAAAUAUCAAACUUGUGACAUCAACCUCUGUAACGUACCUGAAUUAGUAGAAAACGUCACAGCGAUAACUAAGCCUGUCACCACAACUACAAUACAAGCCGACUUGAACACAACCACCCCGACAACAACUACUCCAACGACGACUCCUAUCACCACCACGUCAGGAGCAAACAGUUGGCUGACGAGCGGAAUAUCUUUAGUCUUCCUUGUGUUUAGUGCUAUUUUAUCCCUCAGAAUAAUGUCAUAAUUUUGAUUAUUGUUCCCAAUUUUACCAACAAAAUUAUAUUUAGAGAUAAAUAAAUUAUUAAGUGCCAAUAUCAAAUAAUUCCAAUAAAGUAUUAUGUGAACACUUAUGCAAAUUGAGUAGCCUCGUGAAAUCACAAAGUGCACAAGUGAGGGUAAAUAUAUUAGAUUGUAUUGAUUCGGUGUGUACUAAUACAAUAUCCAAUUUGCAAGUCAACAAAAAAAUAAACAGUAUUAGAAAUAUAUAGUUAAAAUAAAAAUCAGUAAAUUAUUCGGCUGUUAUAAUUCCAUAUUCAAUUUGUAGAUCACCUUUACUGAACAAAUUUCAAAUUUAUCUCACUAUGACGUCACUGUAUACGACAUUUAUGAAGUCAGUUAUACUGAGAUGUCGAAGUGUCAGUAUAUUAAAUAAUUCACCAUAU